CUGCCUCAUUCCCAAGAUGGACAGCUCGUUCAGCCAAUGGCCUGCGCCGGCCUGCUGCGUUCUGCCGUUGGGGGUCCUCUGCCUCCCCACCCGCGACCCAAGCCAGCCGGCCUGUCUGUCGAGCCCCACCCGCGCCCGCGUCCCCGCUCCCGUCCCGCGCACCAAACCUUCCAGGGGCCACAGCGCAGCGGAUUCCUGAAAAAACAAAAACAAAAACAAAAAGCCACAUCUACCCAGUGGCUGGCCAGGCCUAUAGGGAGAGACAGAUUUGAUCCGUGAGGCCUGAGAAGGAGCAAGGCCCCCUGGGAACAUGGCGACUGCCCGGGGCCUCCAGCCCACACCACCCCUGGACGAGGAUGAGAUCCUGAUUGUGAAGGUGGAGGAGGACUUCCACUGGGAAGAGGAGCCCUCCCCGAAGAUGGAAGACCCCAGCCCCGAGACCUUCCGCCAGCUCUUCCGGCUCUUCUGCUACCAGGAGGUGGCCGGCCCCCGGGAGGCCCUGAGCCGCCUCUGGGAGCUCUGCUGCCGCUGGCUGCGGCCGGAGCUGCGCACCAAGGAGCAGAUCCUGGAGCUGCUGGUGCUGGAGCAGUUCCUGACGGUGCUGCCCGGGGAGAUCCAGGCCCGGGUGCGGGAGCAGCAGCCGGAGAGCGGUGAGGAGGCCGUGGUCCUCGUGGAAGGGCUUCAGCGGGAGCCCAGGAAACAGAGGGGCCCAGAGGUACUCUCUGACCAUGCAGUGCCCCACCAGAUGGGGGAACAGUCUUCAAAAUGUCAGGCAGAGGUCCAGCCAAAGGAGUUGUCCCUGGAGGAAGGAGUUCGGGACUCCAGCCAGCAGCCCCCAGCCCAGCUAAGCCGCAGACAAAAAAGAAACUCUGAACUCUGGCCAAAGAGGGGCCCAGGCACCUCCCAGCACCAGGAGAUGGCAGCACCAGCCACAUCCUUCCUUGCAGCCUGGUCCCAGGUACCAGUGACCUUGGAGGACAUGGCCGUGUACCUGUCUCAGGAAGAGUGGGGGUGUCUGGACCCAGCUCAGCAGGACCAAAGUUGGGACAUGCUGCCAGAGAGUGAAGGCCUUAGAAUGCAAUUGAAGGAUGGAGAGGACGCACAGAUGAGAACAGAAUGGGACCGAGUGCUGUCGGCUCGGUGCAGGGGUCCCAGCUCCCCAUUCCCAGGUCACAAGCCGGCCCCUGUCAAGGGAUUGACCAAAUCUGACCAACUUCUAGAAAGAGGGGGGCCCUGCAAGGUGGCAAAGCCAUACAUGUGCCCCGAAUGCGGCAAAGGCUUUAGCAAGACGUCCCACUUGACCAAGCACCAGCGCACACACACCGGGGAGAGACCGUACCAGUGUCCCGUGUGUGGCAAGGGCUUCAGCGACCGCUCCAACUUCAGCACCCACCAGCGGGUCCACACGGGUGAGAAGCCCUACCAGUGUGCUGAGUGUGGGAAGCGCUUCAGCCAGAGCUCCAGCCUGGUCAUCCACCGCCGGAUACACACCGGGGAGCGGCCUUAUGUGUGUGCCGAGUGUGGGAAACGCUUCAGCAACAGCUCACACUUCAGCGCGCACCGCAGGACACACACAGGCGAGAAGCCCUACACAUGCCCAGCCUGUGGCCAGGGCUUCCGCCGGGGCACCGACCUCCACAAACACCAGAGGACCCACAAUGGGGAGAAAUAACCACAUAGCUACACCAAUGGUAUGUAGCACUACCCAGACCCUCGAGGGUCCAGGAUUCCCAGGGGCCAAAGCCUGACUACCAUGCACAGUUCAUGAAGCUGCUAGAUCCAGAAACGCUGACCUUAAGGCAUCUUCACAUGGACUCUGCUCUCUGGGCCUGGUGUAAGGACACAGCAGGGGACAUUUCAGGUGGAAUGCUGGGCACAGGGCCAGGUGUCUUCAGUUCUAAGGCUGCUGUAUAAAUGACCACACAUUGGCCGUCUUACAACAGAAAUUAAUCCUGUCAGUCCAGGUGUCUACAGCACUAGUGUCUUCUGGAGGCUCUGGUAGAGAACUCCUGUGCCUCUUCCACUUCCGAUGUGGCCCACAGACCCUGUGGCCUUCUCUGUGUCUGUCCCCUCUUCUCCUAAGGAUAUAGUGAUUAUAUUACUGGCCCUCCUGAAUGACCUCGUCGUCUUUUUUUUUUUUUUUUCUUUUUUUUAAAUAUAUU